UCUACAUGGAUGUAUUCUAGUGACGUAAUCAAAAUCGCACUCUUCAACCUGAUGAAAUAGCAAAAUGGCUACACAGUGAGAAUGCUAUGUACAUUUAAAUGCUAUUUAUUUAAAAUAAAGAGUUUAAAUAUGAAGAAGAACUUCUUUCAUAAUUUUGACAAGAUGCAGGGAUGUGGCCCAGAAUUCAAAGUACAAGGUGCAAGAAAUUACGUUUCUUCAGAAUCACAGUGCUUUGUUUGUGACAGUGUGAUCUGUGGUAGAAGCAUUCCUCUUUUAAUGGGGAUUGCACCCUACUCAAAAAUAGCAUUACCAACAAAAAUUGGACAAUUAAUGGGAGACGGUUUUAUGGUAAUUGUAACAGCAGAAGAUGUAUUAUGUCAUCGUUGUUCAUCGUUAAUAAUCCGCCUUGAUAAAUUGGAAGUUGAUACAGACACUGUGAAGAAAGCACUGACUGGUUAUAUGAAAAUGAAAUAUAAUUUGUAUGAGGAGGAGAAUGAAUCACACUUGUUGGAUUACUCAUACAUGUGUGGAACUGAAGAAGAGGUACCAAAUGGCCCAGACAGUGAAGACCAGCUGAUUUUCCAGGCUUUUAAGGGCAUCCAGGCCAUAGGUUCAGAAGAUGAGGGCAGUGAUCCUCACGCAAACAUCAAACAAGAGGAAAUUGAUGAAAAAGAUGGUUUAGAUGUCACAGGGUAUAAAUGUGUGUCAUGCCAGUAUAAAACCACUAGUUCUGCAAUAUUUAUGGAGCAUUUAAAGAUUCAUUCCAAAGAAAUGUAUUUCAAAUGUUCAAACUGCAAUGAAGAAUUCCACAAUCACUGUGAAAUUCAGGAUCACAUAAAGAACGUGCAUCACUCACAGUCACAGAGAAACAGAACAGAUGAUGUCACAGGCAGAAUUCCUCACACAUUUUAUGAAUGCAAUAUUUGUAAAUUUCAGAGUCCUGACAGAACACUUUUUGACAUUCAUGUUUCUAAACACGACAGGGCACAAUUUUAUAAGUGUUCAGUCUGCAAUAAACAACUGAAGUCAAAAACAUUACUGAAGAAACACAUGAACAGUCACAGAGUCUUCAAAUGUGGAUUGUGUAACCUAACAUUUAAAGAAAAGAGCAGCUUACUGGAGCACUUCGUGCAGCACAGGAUUUCUAAGGCUGUUCAAGUUAAAGAAGAGACGCAAGGCGGUGCAGAUUCCAGGGACGGUCCUGAAGAACAGGUACAGGAUAGCUGGCUGAAUCAUGAGCAGGAUUAUGACAGAGUAGAACAGCUGCUGGAACAGUUGCAUGCUGAAGAUCCCACCAGCAACCCUAAGAUGAGAGAUGACAAGAGUCCUCAAGAUGAGGACAUGCAGGGAGAUGAGCAGAGACAAGCUGUAGAUUCUGAAACUAAUGUCAAACAGCACCAUUCUGAAAGUGAAGACGCUUUCGGAGAAGUUCAGAAUGAAAUGAAUGAAGCAACUUUUUUGCUAGAAAAUUCUGUUUUGGGGCAAGAUGAUGAUGAUGAAUACGAUGAUGAUGAUGAUAACCUAUCAGCAGAUAUGGAUAAAAAUGAUGACAGUGAAACUAACGAUUUCCUUAAUGAUCCUUCUGAUUAUUUAGAAGACUUUCAGCAAAGCAGUAAGGAGCAGAAAGAGAAUGAAGGGACGAAUAAACAUAAGUCUGAAGGUGUUGUUAAUGUGCCUGGCGAUGGAAGCGCAGACAAUUCUAAGAACUUGUCUACGAUGUCAUUAAAGAAAAGGGUCUACGUGUGUUCUAUAUGCGGUUUGAGGACUUACACUGAGAACCACAUGAAGAGACAUUUCAAGAGCCACGUGGCUAUCGAGAAAAAGAUCUAUGAAUGCCACAUAUGUAACAAGGUAUUAACAACCCGCAGUAACCUGAACAGACACCUUUCAAACCAUGAGAAUUGUCCUGGCAUCGUGAUGUGCAAACUGUGCAAUGAAGAACUGACCGAUAGACUGCACCUGAAGCAGCAUCUUGAGGACCAGCACACAGGACCCCAACACUGUUCGUUCUGUAACAUGGAAUUCACAAGCAAGAGAGCGUUCAAAGAACAUGAAUUAACCCAUCCAGAGAGAGCUAUCCAUCAGUGUGGCAUAUGCCACAAAAGAUUCCUGACUCAACUUCGACUUAGGGUGCACAUGGAAAACAUACACGACAGGCCGAAAGAUGGGGAUGCAGAAGAGAAAACAUUCAAGUGCCACAUCUGUUCCAAGAUUUUAACAACAUAUCAUAACUUGAAAAGACAUGUGAGGAACCAUGAGAAGAGUUCAGGAAGUGUAAAAUGUACUUUGUGCUCCGAAGAAUUGACAGAUAAGUUGCAUCUGCGGCAACACGUCGAAGAGACGCACCCUGAAACUCACCAGUGUCCAUUCUGUCAAAAGGUGUUUUCAAAUAAAAAAGUCUGCAAAGCUCAUGAACUCUCUCACCCAGAAAGAUAUGUGUACAAAUGUGACAUGUGCGAUAAGAUGUUUCUGAAUGAAACCAGAUUAGAAAAACACAAGACCGUGUUCCACAGGGAUCCUCACUGCCAAUACUGUGAGAAAGAAAUAAAGGAUCCUACAAAACUGUUUAAUCACGAACGACGGCACGAGAUGUAUAAGAACAAAUUUCCUUGUCAGCAGUGUCCGAAGGUCUUUCGCACACCAUCGGGUCUGAAGUACCACACGUCCAUUCACACCGGGAAGUACGCAGUCUAUUGCGAGAUAUGUGGCAAGGGGAUGCACUCAGAGAUUGUGCUGGAAGAACACAAAGCCACUCACACGAAAGAAAUCCGUUACACGUGCGAACUGUGCGGGCGAAACUUCUCUUCCAACAGUACCUAUCGGAUGCACCGAAAAUGGCACGACAACCCUCUGCCAUACAAGUGCAAGAUCUGCGAUCGCAAGUUCAAGCAUACUUCCAUCCUAGCCGUGCACAUGAGGCGUGCGCACACAGGAGAGCGUCCCUACAAGUGUCCCCACUGCCCAUAUACUUUCAGCGUGAGUAGCACCCUACACAAACACAUAAUCCUGCACACCAAGAAGUACCCCCACAACUGCAAGCUUUGUGGAAAGGGGUUCACCACUCGUACCAAAAUUGCAAGACAUAUGGCAAAGGCGCACAAUGACUUUGACAUGCUGAAUGCCAAGCCCACGCCAUGCCAGUACAAGAUGGUGCUGAAACCAAGUGAGCUGUCAUCAGCAGACUCUGAGCUGAAGCAGGAGGAACAGCUUCCUGAGCCCAAGUUUGAGGAACGCAAUUUAGAGCCUGGGCAGACAAUCUUCUUGUUUCAGUAAAGAUAUUCCAGGUUCAGGAAGUUGAAACAUUUUACCUGUGUUGUAAAUAAUUCUGUGUUUAGACUCUGAUUUUUAUAGUUACUGUAGAAAAAAAAUAUCUCAAGAAAGUUCUCCUUUAGACAGGCCUCAAUAAAUGUUAUACAUAUCACCUUCAAACAUUUCACUCUAACUGUCCACCCCAUCAGUAAUUUGAGUGCAGCCUAAUUGGUUAGAUUUGCAUGUUUUUCGAGGAUCCGGUUUUGAGCAGCUCGGCAGCGUGAGGUUCGUUCACCCAGGGAACAUGCGUGGGAAAUUAAAGAAGUUGGAAAUAAAUAUUUUGGUCUGUGCAAAAGUGCACGUUGUUUUCAUAUAAAUUUCACACUAUUGACAAUACAAAGUGUUAAUUUAUCCCCAAUUCUGAAAGUCUGUGAUGAUGGUGCAUUGUUGAAGCAAACUGUUUUCUAGACAUUAUCCAUCGUCCAAGAUUAAAUAAAGUCGAUAAAACCACGG